GCCAGGCCCCGCCCCUCGGCCGGACCGGUCGGAAGGAGCGCCGGCGCCCCCGAGCAGGAUCCAAGCCCCUUGCCCAAAGAGUCGGCUAGGAUGGAGAGCAAAGACCUGGAAGCCGAGAUCCACCCGCUCAAGAACGACGAGGGCAAAGGUCCCGAGGGCCUGGCCAACUGCACCCAGAAGGAAGCGGCCCCCAAGAAGCUCAAGCGGCUCUCGCAAUGGCGUACGGCAGCCUUCUUCCUCUCCCUGUUCCUGUGCCUCACGGUGGUGUUUGCCUUCUCCUUUAUUAUCCCAUGCCCUGUGAGGCCCAUUUCCCAAAGGAUGUGGAGCAGAACGUACGAGGACGCAGCGACCUACGCAUUCCUGGCCUUGCGGGACGUCAACAAGGACCGGGUGCAGGAUGUCCUCUUUGCCUUCAAGGCUGCCAAUGCCAACAGCAACAGCACCAACAGCUCUUGCUCCAGCCAAGGCUUGGCCUCCCCCUGUGCCUUCCUGGCCGCUCAUUCAGGCACCAACGGCAGCACGCUCUGGCAGAGGCCUGUCGCCCAAGAGCUCCUGCUGAUGGACUGCUCUGGGCAGCAUGAGCACACCCCAGCCUGCCUCAUUGUAGGGGAGCCGGACAUCCUGGAAGCCAUCAGCUUGGAGACAGGCCAGACUCUGUGGAAGGAGCCUGCCGACCUCAGGCCUAAUUCGACAGUGCUGAGUCCAUUGCUGAAGAUCCCAGACGUCAACGGAGACGGCACUUCUGACCUUUUGGUCUUCACUGAGAUGGAAGAGGAGAUUCAAGCCCACUUCUAUUCAGGGAAACAUGGCACCCAGAUUGGAUCGGCUGGCACCUUGCAUCUUCUGGGACAUGUCAGCUACCUCAUGCAAGUCACUCCGAAGGGCUCCUACUAUGUGCUCCUGUACACAGCAAAGGCCCUUUAUGCCUUCUCUCUGAAAGCGCUUUGUGAGAUGGCGUUCAUCUCUCCUGUCCACAGCAGCUCUGGUCUGACAGAAGAUCCCCACUGGGAGAUGGCCAUCAACAGUGCUACGCACCAAAUCACCUUGCUCAGCACGGGAGAAAUCCAGUACCUGACAAAGAUGCCUGUGACUUCGAGCGCCGAUUUUCUGGUUUCAAGAUCGAACAUGCUUGAGCUGGUGGACGGGCAGCACUUGGGCUCGAUGUGGGUCACAGAGACACCCCGCAUCCUAAGCAAACCCGUGCUCGGAUCCUACAGGAAGGAUGAGGUCGACGUUAUUCUUGUGACCAGAGAGUCUUCCAGGAAGAAGGUCCUGGUCAUCGGAGGCACCUCUGGAGACACCGAGUGGGAGGCCGGCCUGCAGCUGCUCUCGGGCGCUGACACCCCCCGGCCGGCCACCCUGCCCACUGCCGACCGCAGAUCGAUCUUCCUCUUCUGGGGCCUGUACCAGAGGGAUGCAAACGGAACGGGGUCCUGGGACGGCGCCCAGCAGCACCUGUACCUGUUCCACCCCGCCUUGCCCAACGUCCUCCUGGAGGCGAGCAACGGCACGGAGCACAUCGUGGCCUUUGAGGGGGUGCUCUUUGAGCGGAGCCGCCAUGCCUGCUAUGUUCUCCUGACGGGGCCCCAGGUGGGGCAGCCCCCUGGGCAGGUGGUGCUGUCGAAGCAGAAGCUGAAGGAGGCCAUCGCCGGCAGCCGCGUGAUCUGGCUCAACCAGGUGGUGCAGGACAGCGAGCAGAACGUCCGGGAGCACUUCCUCCGGAUGAGGUACCGCAGCCCCCGCUGAGCGCCGGCAGGGCAGGGGUGCGAGGAGAAGACGACCCCCCAGGACCCGAGGCAGCGCCAGAAGGCAGAGAGAAGAGCUGCCGUGAGGCUGACGAUGGGCAGGGGGGGAAACGGGCAGGGCUGGCAUGGCGGAGGGGGCCUUCCCAGCGCUGCUCCUCACCUGAACCCCGGGAGAUUCCUGCAGGAAAUGCUCCCCUCUGUCUUUGCGGAGGCCUGGAUUGGGGGGCAAGCAAGCAUGUGGCCCCUUGACUGGCGCUGGAAGGCUCCUCCACCAAUGGACUCUCCUGGGGGGAGGAGAGGGCUCGGCACCCCCCACCUCACUGGGGCUGAUGUCAGCAGCCCCCACUCCCUUGGCUGCCCAGCUCCUCCUUCCUCCCUCCCUCGCUGCUGCCUCCACCGGCAGGGAGCCAGGGCCAGUCGCUUGGGUGGGGGGGCCUUGAGUGGUCAGGGGGACCCUGGCCCGCAGCCUGGGAGGAGGCUGUGGGGCUCUCCCUUCCUCCCCCUUCCCCAGGCGCCUGCCUUGCCCCCCUGCUGGCCUUGGCUUCAGGCCCCACCUGGCAGAGGGAGGAGGAAGGGGGUUGGCUGCUUUGCAAGGGGAAGGGCCCGAGACUCGCCGCCCCCAACCUCCUUUGCGCAGGCAGCCCACCCCCCACUGUCAGGACUGGAGCCAAUGGGGCUGUUUUUCGGCCUCCUUUGGGCUUUGGUGGUGGAAGUUUCGCACGCAGGGCCACUUCUUGUGCCUGAGGCGGUGGGGACUUAGCCAGCUCGCUGCUGCUGCUGC